AUGGAUCCUCAUAAUCCUGUGGUGGAUCUUACAUUAGACGAUGAUGAUUCUAAUGAAGUUUCUACAACUAUAUCAAGAUAUGAACCUAGCGAAUCUGUAAGAAAUUAUUUUUUAUAAAUAACUUUUAGAAUUUUUUUUUCCUAAUUUGUAAUUUAAUCAUUCAAACAGGUUGCAAUUCAAUAUGUGGAUGAUGAAGAAAUAGAUGGUGAAACUAGGGAUUAUGUGGUAAAUUAUUUACUAAAGCAAUUCCUUGAACAAAAUCCUGUUCCUUUAGGCAUACCAAUAAGUUCAGAAACUCCUGGCAUUAGUAAUGAUAAUGAGGUAUUUAUUAGUAUUUAUGAUUAAUUUCAGUAAAGUUGUAGGAUAAGUAAUACAGAUAAAUUUUAUUAAAAGAAAAAGACUCAAUUCCUGUAAGAAAUUUAUGUUUUAUAGAUUCUGAACAGAGUGAGAGAUGUUUAUUUUGAAUUGUUUUUCUAUGGAAACUUUUCUACUUGCAAUUUUGCUCCGAUUUAGGAAGCUAGUACUUUUUCUAAAAGGAAAUCUAACUGGGGAGGUACUUCAGAAAGGUCUUUUUUGAUUUUCCCGGGAGUUUUCCCAAUAAAAAAGAAAAACUGGGAAAAUAGGUGCAAUAUUAAACAAAUAUUAUUAAAGAAAAUAUAUAAUGCUUAUGUAAAUAUUUUACCAUAAUAAGAUAUACAGUGAGUGUAAAAAGUAUUCGUACAUUCUACAUUUUUAAAUAAAUAUUUAUUUUUCUUCAUGAUAUUUUAUUAUGAAUUAAUACAUGCAUAUUAUUCUUUUACGAUUAUUAAUUAAAUUUAAAAAAAAAAAAAACCAUGACAACAGUUAUAUUAAUAAUAAUAUUCAAUAACAAACAAAACAAUAAAUAUAUAAUAAUAAAAAAUAAUAAUAAUAAAGAGUUGUAUCAAAAAAAAUGCCUUUAAAUUAUUGUACAACCGUAUUUGGUACUUUGUAGGGUAGCUUUUGGACCUUAUUAUAGCCUCCAACUUCUUAGACAUUGAAUCAACCAGAUUACGUGUUGUUUCUGCUGUGAUUUUAUUCCAUUCCUCUUUUUGAAGUUUCCUUACUUGAAAUAUUGUGAUCUAGAAUUUUUCUGUCCAAAUAAUCCCACAAAUUCUCAAUAGGAUUAAUGUCUGGAAACUGCGGUGGCGUCACAAGAUAUUCAGUUACAUUGUUCGACAACCAAACCUUAACUUUUUUGCAGUAUGCUUGGGAUCAUUGUCUUGUGUAAAUAUGAAAUCAUCUUUGAUGCCAAUUUUUUCGGUACUAGCUGCAAGAUUUGUCUUCAAAAUAUUUAAAUAAAUAUAUUGGUUCAUAAUUCCAUUAAUAAAGUGCAAGUUUUCAACACCCUGAGCACUCAUACAUCCCCAAACCAUUACAGAACCUCCUCCGUAUUUUACUGUAGGCUGUAAAUUAUUUGGUUCCAUUUCUGUAUUCGCUUUUCUCCAAACAAAACGUCUUACAUCAGAGCCAAAAAUAUUAAAUUUACUUUCGUCUGUAAAUAUAACUUUGUUCCAAAAGUUAUCAGAUUGAUGUACGUUAUCUCUUGCAAAAGCAAAUCUCUUUUAUUUAUUUUUUUUUCAUUUACAAAAUAUUUUUGACGAGCUACUCGUCCAUGGUAAUCACUAUUUUUUAAACAAUUUCUAAUUGUACUUACACAAACACGUACUCCAGAAAAAUUCGCAAGAUCUUGUGCUAUUUUAAGUGCUCCUUUUUUUUGGAUUCAAUUUGACUUUUCGUUAAACUAUAAGUUUAUCAUGGUCAGAAAGUUUUUUUAGACGACCAUAUCGUUGCUUAUUUUCGUGACUUUUCCACUCAUUGUAUCGAUCUAUCACGUCUUUCACAGUGGUAUGAGCUCUGUUGACAAUUUUUGAUAUUUGACGUAAUGAUUGGCAUUGAUUAUGCAACCGCAGAAUUAGUUCAAGUUCAGUUUAAUUUGUCUUGCAAUUUUUUCGACUCAGUUUGUGAUAGAUGAUAUUCCAAUAAUAUUUCGAAGCUAACUGAAUUGGUAUAAUCUUGUAACAUGGUCAGGGACAAACUUUUAAUGUGACAUUUUGAAUAUCUUAUCGUUUUCUAAUAACAUUAUUGUGAGUAAACAGGUGAUUCCGUAACUAAAAUAGAAGUGUACGAAUAUUUAUUGUUCCUAUUUUAUAUAUAUUGUUUUGUUUGUUAUUGAUUAUUAUUAUUAAUAUAACAUUUGUCAUGGUUUUUUUUUUUUCAAUAUAAUUAAAAAUCGUCAAUGAAUAAUAUGCAUGUAUUAAUGUAUAGAAUAAGAAUUAUAGAUAAAAAUAGAAUAUUAUGAAGAAAAAUGUCUAUUUAUUUAAAAAAGUAGGGUGUACAAAUACUUUUUACACUCACUGUAUAUAUUGUUGAAUAAGCAACACUAUCAACUGAACUUCGCUUAGAAUUGGCUUUUCUUUAGCAACAAUUAAUUGUUGUUAGAUACAGAUUGUUACUGAUGCUAUUCUUACAGAUAAACGUUAAAUUCCCAUCCAUAUUAUCCUAGGACAGCUAUUUUUGAAUGUAUUUAUUAACAUUUUAAUUAUUCAAAUAGGCUUCAGUUCAACGUCUACCUGAAGUAACACUUUUUUCUGUUCUACCUGGUGUUAUUGAUCUUACAAUGGAUGAAGAACCAAGACCUGUUCCAGCAGCUGUUCAAAUCAUGUCAAUGGUAUUCAAUUUAUUAUUUAUUUAUUUAAGAGAAUUCUAGGAUCUCAUAUCUAUUACAAUAAAUAUGAGAUCCAGAUACAUCCUGAUACAUCAGUCUAACUUUAAACAACAUAUAAAAAUUAUAUUACUUAGAAUAAAAAAUUUGAUGUUUAGGUUAAAAUUAGAGUAUGAACGUUGAACUCAAAUAACAAAAUAUAAAGAGGAGAAAAAAGUUUUUUUAAACUAUAUAAAAAAUAAACAUGGUUAUGACCUUUUUAUAUUACAAUUUGUUUGACCAAAAAAUAAUUGCAACCUAUGAAAAUAUCUUCUCUUUCAAUUUUGUAAUUUUUGUUUUAACUUUAAUUUCAUCUUAUGCUCUACAAUUUAUAUUAAAAUAGUAUACAAAUUAUGUAUAUAAUAAUAUAUAGGUCCUAACUAUCAAUUGCUAAACAGUAUUUACCUCAAAAAUAUAGAUUAUUGCAGUUUAUGUUCAAAACAUAAUAUACUAAUAAAGGGUGUUGCAUGGAGGUCUGACAAAUGCAAUAACUUUUGUGCUGUUCAAAAUGUGUAAUAUAUGUAUGUAUUUGACAACAGAGUAAUUGGUCUACCAAAAACUAUUUACAAAUAGUUUAUUCAAAAUAUAAAAUUUGUUUACUUUAUUAAUUUAUGAAAAAGCGUGUUGUAUAAAAUACUAGUUGAAUUACCUCAUUGAUGCCCUAUUGAUGGACAUUGCAAAACAAAGCUUUAUAGGAAAUUGGACUCAAUUACUAAUCUCAAAUAGAUAUUCAUUAGUAAUCAUUGGUAUCCUGGGAAUACAAACAACUUGACCUUGGGUUAAGCAUGAAAGAAUUUUAGCUUCAAUCAUGUUCAGGCUAUAGCAGAUCAGUUUUAGAUUUUCCAAGUGGUUUUCAUAACAUUUGGAACAACCCGAUAUAAAUGUAAGAAAAAUGGGAAAUUGAUGAUAAUUUUAUUUUUUUCAAUUUCAUUAUUUGUUGUAAUUCAGUUAAAUAUAUUUGUUUAGACUUCAUAGAUUUGAAAUUUGGACACAAUACUUAUAUAUGUCUUUUCUAAAUGUGGAAAAAAUUUUAAAACAAUUUAACCAUUUUUAAGCUAUUUAUAGACAUUUUAAUUUUUCAAUAUUUUAUUCAUUAGGUACUCUGUUGAUAAAAUUGCUAGACUUAACAGAAAUGCUUGAAAAUUGAACAGGUAACCUCCUGUUCAAUUAAAAGUCGUAAUUUGCGGUUAAAAAGAAAUUUUACCUUACUGUAGUAUUUUUUUUUAUAAAGGAAUUUUAAUAUCAAAUUUUGAUGGAUAUUGUUUGAAUAAAAUAUUAUUUAUUUAUUAAUAAAUUCAUACGGGCAAUGUCAAAUUUACAAAAUAUCAGUAUAAAUAACAAUAAUAUAAUAUAAUUUAAAAUAAUAAGAUAACAUUUAUAAAAGAUAUAUAGAAUAAUACAUAGAAUAAUUAUAAUAAUAAUAGUACAUACAAUAUUUAUUAAAACACUUGACUAUUUCCAAAAGAUAUUAAAAUAUUAAUUCAGUCGUUUAAGGAAUACUUUAGAAGAAUGAAGGAUAUAAAAUAAAUAAUUAUUGCGAGUAAGAGUAUUAAAAACUUGUGGUUUUUAACUUUUAAAUGGAACAAAUUUAAUUUUAGAUUCUGAGUGUAGCGAAGAAUGUAUUGGUUUCACUAAGAUGUUUAUUUUUUUAUUAUUAUUAAAAUUUUUACAAAAAUUCUACCAGAAAUCUUGCUCUGAUGUAUACAAUGUAGACCCUUUUUGAAAAGAAAUUUUCUUUGGAUAGUACUUUAGGGAAGUCAUUUUUUGAUUUUCCCAAUAAAUGAGUACAACUGAAAAAAAAAAGGUAAGAAAAGCCAGAAAUUUACGAAAAUAAUGCUUUUAUUAUUUGUUCAAUUUUUUUAUUAGUUGUAAUUCAGUUAAAAAUAUUCGUAGAGACUUGAAAUUUCAAGAAAAAACUUAUAUUUGCCUUUAUAGACAUAGUAAAAUGUUCAAAACAUUUGAGCCAUUUUUGAGCGAUUUGUACAAAUUUUAAUUUUAUAUGUAGUUUUUAUUCAGUAGGUGCUGUGUGGUAAAAUUGUUAGAUGACUAAAUAGAAAUAUGUGAAAAUUUAACAGGAGGUUCAUUGAACAUCUUACUUGUGAUAAAAAAAAAAUUGAGUUUAAUGUAGUAUUUUUUUUUUAUAGAGGCAUUGUAAUAUCAAAUUUUGAUGAAAAUCUUAGAGUAAAAAAUUAUGUUGAACAAAUCUUAUUUUUCAAUUUUUGUUUUAAACAUAUGUACCUAUAUUGCUGAUUUAAGAACAAUGGUGAAGCAAGAAUUGAGUGACUGACAUAGUUUCGAAAUUAUAGCUUUUUGAAGUUCUGAUAUUAUGCUGAUAUGAUAUGUUAUUUUAAAUAACUACAUAUUAUUAUAUAUAUGAGAUUUUUGGACACAUUUAUUUAAUUAUGUGUAAACAAAUUUUUGUUUAAAAAAUAUAUUGACAUGAAGUGUUAGUAAGUUUUAUUUAUGCAACUACUUAGUUUCGUCAUCAUCAGGUUGCUGAUAAACAUUGUUUAACAUUUAAUUAAUGGUUUGCAUAAAACAGUUUAAAAAUGUAUAUAUAUAUAUAUAUAUAUAUUAUUAUAUAUAUAUAAUAUAACACUAUAUAUAUAUAUAUAUUAAAUACUAUAUAUUGUCAAACUUAAAUAUGUAGUCUAAUGGUAAUAUGUCCAUUGACAUCCUAUAGGUCGCGAGUUCAAAUUGUUUGCAAUUUUUUCCUCCUUUUACUUAAACAAGGAAAAAACAAAUGCAUUUUUGAUGUACCUAGAGACCCAUGUCAUCACUUGGACUAUUUAAAUUGCAAAAUAUCCCUUGAUUUAUUGUGCAAACUUUUCUACCAGAAAUCUUGCUCCGAUGUAUCAAGUGUAGCUUAUUUUCUGAAAGGAAAUUUUAUCUAUGAUACUUAAGGGAGGUAAUUUUUUUAUUUUUCAAGCAGUUUUUAUAAUAUCUAGAAAACCUGGGAUAAAAUGUAGUAAACAAAUAUUAUGGCCUUUAUUUUUUUCCGUGCACAAUUUUUCUACCAGCUAUUUUACAAUGAUUUUAAAUUAUAGCACUUUUUCUGAAAGGAUAUGUGACUGGGAUGGUACUUUAGAGAGGUCAAUAUUUUGAUUUUCCCUGAAGUUUUCCAGCAAAUGUGAAAAACUGGGAUAAACACGGAAAAAAAGGAAAAUCGGAACCUACAAUAUUAAACAAAUAUUACUAAAGAAAAUAUAUAAUGCAUAAUGUAUAUGUCAUUAUUUUACCAAAAUGUGAAAUAUAUAUUAUUGACAAAGCAACACUAUUAAGCAACUCUACUCAGAAUCCUAUUUUGUUAGCAAUGGUUAAUGGUUAGCAUGAGUGUGUACAGAUAUACAGUAUUUCUCAAUUUCUCACCUACAACAUUAUGCACAGUAUGCUAUAUAUCUUUUAUACAUCAGUAAAUUUUCUUUAUUUAUGAGUAUAUAAAAAGAAAAAAACUAUUAGUAUGUGAUAGGUUGUCAAAAUUAAAAAAAUUUACUAAAUGGGACAUACCAUGAGAAGUUUUAAAACCUCUAGCCUAGCGUUUUAUUAAUUUUUAGCUAUUAAAAAAAAGCUUUUGAACUUUUAAUCCUACCACUGCCAUUUUUAUGGUUAUAUUUUAUAUUUUUUACUUUAAUAUUUAUUGUCUUAAAAAAAUUAUAUUGCAUAAUACAAAAUAGGUAAGGGGAAGUUCCACUCUAAUGGUGAACCUCUGCUGCUUCUUCAGUUUUUUUUUUUAUUACAUUUUGUUAAAUACUAGAUAUCCCUCCCAGCAUUGCUCAUCCCAAUUUAAUUCUCCAUUUUUUAAACCAUUUAAAGCAAUUUUUCUAAAAUAUCCACCCAAAAAUUGUAUGUGUCUCCCUUUUAAUUUCAUGUAUGUGACCUAUAUUAUGUAUUAACCUUAUAUUAUGUCUAUUAACUAUCUCACAAGACUUGCCUGUGCACAGUAUUAAUGGAAAAAGAAAAGUCCAAACGUGUCUCCCUAACAAUAACUAUAUUAUUUUGAUUCUUGUUACAAAGAUAAUCAAUAAACAAACACAAGUAAUUUUACUUUUGAUUCAAAAAUACCAAAAUCUCUGUGUUAGCUACCUUUUCUGGUUAAAUUACAUAAAUUUUGUUUUGAUAAAUAUGUGGACCUGUUCAUCAGUUUCUGUAUAUACAUUUUCAUUAUUGAUCACACAGACAGACAGACACUUUUGGAUUAAGAUUAAGGUGUAAAUAUACAUAAUAUAAUAUAUAUAAAUACAAAUAAUUUAACUUUAAUGUUUUGUGUUAAAUGCUUUAGGUCCUUACUCAUUAUGUAUUAUUUAUUAUUUACUUUUUAAUAACAGGGUUUAUUUUCAAGCGAAAUUCCAAAACCAAACAUUCUUAGAGUUUCCAAACUGUUUGAAGAUAAUUUAACAAGUGAGAGUUUAAACUUUUUGCAUAUUUUAUUUGAAUUAUUAUAUUGUUAUUAAGAAAUGGAUUUUGUUUUUUUUAUGAUUUCAUGAAUUUUUUAUAUUAAAAUAUCUUUACAAUUAUAAACACAGAACAACUUAAAAGCUAAAUAUUAGGUAUUUUAAAUUAUUCAUAUUAUGACUGGAGAUUGCUUCAUUGUGGUCUCAAACACACCAGGUGAUUCAUUCAAGUGGGUACAUUCAUUAUCUCGGAAAGUAUUAACUUUUUCUGGAAUUUGUAUUUUAGAACAUUUAAGAAACAAGCUGUUCUACAAUUUUAUAAUUAUGUCAUUUUUUAUCACCCUUAUUUUUUGGGAUAAAACCACUACCUACUUUUGAUUUUAAAAUAGCAACCUGUAUUUAAAAGUCCAUAAAUAGAUAUAGUAUUAAUUAAAAGCAAUUUUAGUGUUGAAAUUUUUGAUUUCCGUUGAUCUAUUGAAUAGAUAUUCCACUUUUAAAUUUGGGUUGGAGGUAGUGGAGUGUCAUUUGUGUGAUAAAUGAAGAGUUCGUAGAUCGUUACUUACGUCCAGCUCUUGGAGGCUUACCACUCGAUAAUUACUAAAGGCACACAUCGAUCAAUAUAAAAUAAUAACCAUACAAAUCACCCAAUCUAUUUGUAGAUGGACCAUGUCCCCUAGAAAAUAUAACGAUGAUUCACUUAAUUGGGUACAUUCAUUAUCUCUGAAAGUAUUUACUUUUUUCAGAAUUUGUUGCAUGUUUGGGUUGGAGGAGAGCCACUAUAGUACUCGUAUAGAGAAUAUUAGUACCUUUAACUUAAUUUAUGAUCUUAGUUGUUGUUAAGCUAUCUUUAUUAGUCUUAAAAUUUACUACAGUCAAAAAUGUUUAGCUAUAAUAAAAUCCAUUUAGUAAUAAUUAUAAAUUACUUGUAAAUUAAAAUUGAUAUUCAAAAUAUAUUAGAGGUAGAGCUAAUUUGGAUUUGCGAAAGAAAUCCAUAUCGACAAAGGAAAAUUCAGAACUAUGAGAUUUUUUACUAUGAUUCUCCCCAUAUAGUACAAGCAAAUUCAAUUCAGUGUUGGAAAUAUAUUGGUGAAGUCGUAUCAUAUCCUUUGCCUAUGUCAUGUAAAAUUGCUAUGGUAAGUCAAUAAUUUUACUUCUAAGUAUUAUCUAGGUAUUCUUUAAAAUGAAGAUUGUGUAUUAGUUUAAUAUUCAAACAAAUAUUAAUAAAACUUGGGUUAAAAAACAGUUUACUGCUUAUAGAGAUUUAUUAUUUGAAUUUAAAUUGUUAAUAAUUAAUAAUUAUUUAAUUUUAGGGUCUUAAUGAGAACCAUAAGUAUUUUUUCAUGAUGAGAGCUAAAGAUUCUGAAAAAAGAUGUGGUCUUUUUAGUGAAAUCCAAGGUAUUCAUGAUGAGUAA